GAUUCUGCAGCCCAAUGGUCCCUGAAAUAAAUAUACCUACUCUACUCCAAGGGCUCAAGUAAUAAGUAAUAACCUACACGCACCUCCUGCUGCUCAUAUUUCUCUUUGGACCUGUCCUUCUUUCAGUGCCCCUGUGAAGUCCGAAGUGGUUCUUUGUUUCAUCUUUUUCUUUCUUCGCUUUGAAGUUUCCUUUUCCUUUUCCUUUUCAUUCUCCUUCUUCUUCUCCUGCUCCUGCUCCUUCAAUGAUGAGUGGAAGAAACAGGUUCCCCUUCACUGCAUCUCAGUGGCAAGAGCUUGAACACCAAGCUCUAAUCUUCAAGUACAUGGCAUCAGGCAUCCCUAUUCCACCUGAACUCCUCUUGACCAUCAAAAGAAGCUGCUUGGACUCUUCUCUCUCAUCAAAGUUCUUACCUCACCAACCUCAACAUGUUGGCUGGAACUACUUGCAGAUGGGUUUGGGGAGGAAAAUAGACCCAGAGCCAGGCAGGUGCAGAAGAACAGAUGGGAAAAAAUGGAGGUGUUCGAAAGAGGCAUUCCCAGAUUCCAAGUACUGCGAGAGACACAUGCACAGAGGGAAAAACCGUUCAAGAAAGCCUGUGGAAGCUCUGAAAACAACAUCAACAGCAGCAAACACAAAUCUAUCAUCUCUAACAAUCUCAUCAAUCACCAAGAACCACUCUACACUUCCACCAGCGCCCUCUCAUUCUCUUUCUUCACUUUCUUCAAUGUCCUCAGAAACCCACCACCACCUUCACCAUCCUUGCUACAGUACCCACCUUCACCACCCUUUCAUUUAUCAUCCCACAUAUUCUUCAAGGCUUCCCGGGAUUGGUUUGUCACCUCAAGACAACAAUAGCCCCUACCUCUUGGACUCUGGUUCUUACUCCCAGGCAACCAACCCAGAUUACAGAAGAAACAGGUAUGUGAAUGGGCUGAAAGAGGAGGUGGAUGAGCAUGCUUUCUUCUCAGAACCUUCUGGGUCUAUGAGAAGCUUUUCUGGUCCAUCUAUGGAUGAUUCAUGGCAACUCACACCUUUGACAAUGAGCACGUAUUCAAAGCAACGGAGCUGCUCUAGUUUACAAAGUGAGUACUCUUACUUGCAGCUUCAGGGCCUCAGUCGUUCGACAAAACAACCCGAGCAAGACCAGCAUUACUUUUCUCUGGGCAGUGCUAUAAAAAAUGAGAUGCCGAUCCAAAUAGAGAAAGAACAACCCCAGAAGACCAUUCAUCGCUUCUUAGAUGAGUUGCCGCCUAAAGAGAGAGAUUCAUGGCUCGAUUUGGAUGAUAAAUCAUCAAAUAGCUCAUCAGUAUCAACGACCCGGCUAUCAAUUUCCAUUCCAUCUUCCUUCCAUGACUUCCCCAUCUUCAAUUCCAGAACCCAUAAUGAUGGUUGAGAUUACAGCACUGUGUUUCUGAAUCAAAAGGCCGGAAAUGAACUCACUUGGUAGUGAAUCAUAGUUUAAGAACUGCAGGCUUUUGUUAUUUUUUCUUUUCCCUAUGUGGUUGGCUACUUUGCUUGUUUCUGUGUUCUGAUUGAAAGAUGAAAGAUCCCAUGUAUUUUGCUUUCUUCCUUCUGUACCUUUCCCAAUUUAGUAAAUGUUUGGGUGACUCGUCCAAAUCUGCUUCAUUAGUUCAUUGCCAAGUUUGCAUUUUGAUUUGUAUCUUCUCUUCUGGGUUUUAUUCAAUGUUCUCUGCUCUAUUUGUUGUAA